CUGCCCUGGGUACCCAGAAGGUUUCCCAAAUCAUCUCAAGUCUCUAUUGGCUCUACAGGCUUAAUGUGAAGCUAUGCUCUUAUCUACAGAGCCAGCAGCUGUGGAAGCUCUACUCUGACAUGGAGCGAAACAUGAUCCCUGUUCUGGCAGCCAUGGAGAGCCACCAGAUCCAUGUGGACAAAGAGGCACUUAAGAGAACUUCAGACUUGCUGGGGACUAAAAUGAAGCAGUUGGAGCAGGAGGCGCACCAAGCAGCUGGACAAAUAUUCCUGGUGACCAGCAACACUCAGCUACGAACAGUUCUGUUUGAGAAGCUGCGCCUCCAUGAGCGCUGUGAGAACAAGAAGCUUCCCAAGACCAUCAACAAACAACAGCAGUCAACAUCAGAAGCUGCAUUGUUGCAGCUUCAGGACCUGCAUCCUCUGCCAAAGAUCAUUCUGGAGUACAGGCAGGUUCAUAAAAUCAAAUCCACUUUUGUUGAUGGGGUUCUCUCAUGCAUGAUGAGCAAGAACUACAUUUCCUCUACAUGGUGCCAGACGUGUGCUGUGACAGGAAGAAUCUCUGCAAAACACCCUAACUUCCAGGCCCUACCGAGGCAGCCGCUUCAAAUCACCAAGAAGCAGUACAUCCAAGGAAAGGAGGAGGAGGUGGUGACUGUUCAUCCUCGGGCCAUGUUCAUUCCUCAUGAGGGCUGGACCUUUCUCGCUGCAGACUUCUGCCAGGUGGAGCUGCGUCUACUGGCUCACCUCUCCUCUGACCCUGAGCUGCUCCGCAUCUUUACCAGCCCCCAGGCGGACGUCUUUACCAUGCUGGCCUCUCAGUGGAAGGGAGUGAGUGAGGAUGAGGUGACUUCUGAGGACAGGGAACAUGCCAAACGCAUCGUGUACUCUCUUGUGUAUGGGGCUGGUCGUGAGCGUCUGUCAGGGAUCUUGGGGGUGAGCACUGAGCAGGCCAGCCGAUUCCAGGACAGCUUCCUCAAGACUUACAGAGAUGUCCAGGCCUUCAUCCAGACAACCAUCCAGCAGAGCCACAAACAAGGUUAUGUGCGAUCUAUCAUGGGCCGACGACGAAAGCUCCCCAAUAUUAACUCCACAGACUGGGGCAUCCGCAUGCAGGCUGAGAGGCAGGCUGUCAACUUUGUUGUCCAGGGUUCUGCUGCUGAUCUCUGUAAGAUGGCCAUGAUCCGAAUUUUCAACCUGGUGUCCUCUUCCAGCUCGCUCUCUGCCAGGCUGAUUGCCCAGCUUCAUGAUGAGCUUCUGUAUGAAGUGGAGGACUCACAUUUGGAACAGUUUGCAGCUCUAGUGAAAAGCACCAUGGAGAACCUUCAGCACAUCGACCACCUAGGAGUCCAUCUUAAAGUCCCCCUAAAGGUGGCGGUCUCCAGUGGCAAGUCUUGGGGAUCCAUGUCUGAGCUUAACAUCCCUCCCAUCUUUCCUUCUGCCUGAGUCUGUUCUCCUCCCUCCCUUUCAUCACGUCUACCACCAUUCCUACGUGUUAAAUCUUCUUUUACCAUUAGACAUCUCCUUCUUCUCCCUUCAUCACGGUGUGUUCUCAUCUCCCUGCCCUCUCUGGGUUUCUUGUUCCAUUUCUCUUUCUCAUAGUCUCUCUGUUUCACUAAGUCUGUCUCUCCCUCUCUCUCCUCACUUGUCCUGCAUCCACAUCGCUAUGGAAACCAGGCAGCUGCAGCUCCCAGUCCUUGCUUUCACUCCAUCCGUAUCCGGGGGCAACGGCAGGAGCCACAGACUGGAUUGCACCAGUUCUUUUUUUUUCUCUCUUACUUUCUCCAUCCUGCAAAAAAAAAAAAAAAAAAAAAAGAUUCCUUGUCCACCUCCUCUCCUCCUCCGUUUUCACACUAUCUUGUUACGACCGACAAUGUUUUCUCUGGCUUCUUGCCAAGGUGAAGCUACAUGUUUGAGCACGGCUUCAUGUUUAUUGGUUCAUAAAAUUGGUUGUUCGAACAGUUUUUAAAAAAAGGAACAUUUGAAUUUCUGUGUAACUGAAUUUAAAUGUACUGUUUUACUGAAAGCUUCCUUGUAUUUAUCAUUUCUACACCUUGUUCAUGCUGUACAGAGCAUGCUUCAUUUUUACAUUGUUGGAGUUCAUGUUCUUACAGAGGUGUGCAGAAAUUCAAGUAGCAUAAUAAUCUGGAAUUUCCUGUGACCCUUUAUGGUCUAUGAAUAAUUUAACAAAGAAAUUCUUGUGGGAAAAGCGUGUAGGAGAAUAUAGGAAGUCUGUUUUAAUGCCACGAAGCCUUGGUAUUUUCAGAGAAGCUUCUUUCUAAUAAACUUCACCUUGUGCUGGUUUUCAUCCACAUGACUCAAAGCGAAUGAUCUAAUUUUGUUCAACCGUGAGCAUCGAGCUACUCACACUCUCUCCAUCUCAUCUUUUUUUUUUUCUGCUCACUUGGCUCUAGCCCACUCGCCCCUUUGUCUUGUUUGUGCCUCUGUCUCACACACACACUCACACAUUCCACAAAUGCGCACAUCCACACACACCCACACAUUCUGUCCAUGCAGCCCCCGUAAAUGCACUCGCACACAUUCACCGGCUUCCAGGCACACUGACCGAGUUUCCUUGUCUCUGGCAGCCACAGCGAGACACUUUUUGCCCCUUUUUUAUUUUGUUCUGCAAUUAAGACUCUUUAAAUCUACAAAAUGGGUCUGGCAGAACCGUACACCCUGUGACAUUUCAAACAAAGCCUUACCCCAUCACACAUUUUAAAUGUCACCUCAAGUUGGCUGCUAAUUAUAGCCACUUUUUAGGUCUAGACAAAGGUAGAAUGUGGAAUAUCGAGCAGAUCCACCAACAGUCGUGUCUUAUCAUGUACUUAAAUUCCUGUAGUUUCCUUCCUUUUUCAGUGGAAUGUGUCUUCCCUUUCCCACUGGCAGGAAUGUGCUCUCUGUUUUCUGAUGUGAGAGAAGCUGUUCCCACCAGGUCAGUAUGAGCAGUUCAGAGCCAGAGCAACGGACAGUGUUAUGGAAAUCUGCCCCCCUAUUCUUUCAUUGUUCUGUGGUGUAAGGGUGCAAGGCCUUCCCCCCAUUGCGAGGGAAGAGGGAGAGUUGUAUGUGCAAAUUCUAGAGGGCAUUCUCGGAGUAGAGGUGUUGAAGCAGCAUGUACAUAAAGCAAAUACUGAGUAAACUGUACAUCAGUGCAUUUUAGUUUCCUAAAUCAUAGGAUGUGACUUUUAAUGUCCUGUUUUGCAAAUGCAGUAAGAAAAACAUCCGCUAUAUUCCUUCGAAGUUAAUAUAUUUUUCAAAAGGUGAAUGAGGUUAUGAGUAUGUUCACCUGACUGAGUGAUGCCUUCCCUUUAUGACCUGUUCCAUUAACAGGAGCCGAGGACUGAGCCCCUCCGAAGACUCCAGUUGUCAAGGGCAACAUCACGAGCUUCCCCCAACUGCCCCGAGAUGUGUAAGUAGACCCUGCAGUUGUAUCCUCUUGGCUGUGACUACUGACACUUUAUAUCUCUUCAUAUCUGAUAUUUAUCUCAAAUUAUUCCCGGUGUGCCUCAUUUCUGUUCUCCUCUCUGUUCUCUUGAGCAGCAUGAAAAAAACAGUGUACAGUUGCAACGUAUAAAAGCUUAAUGCAUCAUCAUUUUAAUUGAUACAAUAUAUGUACAUCCAUGUUUCAAUCAUCGUCAUAAUGCAAGAAAUCCCAUCUUUACAUCUAUACAGUGUUCCAUUUGUUGUCAGUAUAAAAGAAAGG